UAGCCUUACAGAGUCAGAUAGUGUCUGUAAUUUCAUUUUCAUCGGCUGAAAAAAGGUGACAUGACCGCGGCGCGGCGUUACUUAUUUAUAAUCGGAGCAGGAACUAGGAAGCACAUACUGCGAACAGAAACUUCUGGGGAGAGAAAGAAAGAUGGCGGGAGCAGCAGAGGCACAAAAACGCCAGAGCGGGAGACCACUCCCACCUUCGGCGAGAGGUCUUCCUCCUCCCCCACGCCCUCGCUUUGAGCCGGUUGAUCGCGAAAAGACAUGUCCUCUAUUGCUUCGAGUUUUCACUAAGAUUGGUGGUCAUCAUUCUAAAGAAGAUUUUGCGGUGAGAGGCAAGGAGCCCAAGGAUGAGGUUCAGAUUUAUACAUGGAAGGAUGCUACACUUCGCGAGUUAACUGACCUGGUGAAGGAGGUAGCUCCAGCUGCAAGGAGAAGAGAUGCAAGACUGUCCUUUGCAUUUGUAUAUCCUGACAAGAAUGGACGUUUUGUGGUGAGAGAGGUUGGCAAGACCUUUUCUUAUGGUAAUGGGAGGCGAUUAGAUGACAGCAAAACCUUAGGUGAACUUAGCUUUGAGAUUGGAGAUUACUUAGACGUGGCUAUUAUGUGAAAGAAGGCUUAGCUUGAGAUUGGAGAUUACGUAGACGUGGCUAGUAUGUGAGAAGGUUUCAUCUGUCUGACAUGUAUGAGACAGUUAACAUAGUUGAGUUGACAUGGGAAUUGGAAAUGGUGCAAUAUAUUUCCUUCCAAAUUUAUCCCAUCAGAAUUCAUCAAGAUGAUGUAAGAGUUGUGUAGUGUUAGAAAGGGACAACCUUUUAUGGUGCAUCGUUGCUGCUCCAAUCUUGAAUUGUUAAUCCUUGGUAAAAUUCAUUAAUGCAGCUUGAGAUGCCUGGGUAGCAUAUUUGAACCCUUGUGGUAGUAUUGAAAUGUCAAAAUUUAUUGCUGGUAUUUAAGCUUUGAUGGUGGUU